UUAAUUUUAGCAAUUUUUUACCUUUUUAUUUUAAUACUUUUUACAAAUUUGGAUAACUCGAAUCUGCUUCAUUUAAAUUUUGAUAAAUAUAAGGAAUUUUUGGUUGAUAGCCCCCGAAAUUAUUCUGUUAUUCUAAUGCUGACCGCACUGAGUCACAAGCGUGGCUGUCAUCAAUGUCAGGCAGCGAGUGAUGAAUUUAACGUUAUUGCUGUCUCCUAUUCACUGUUAAAAGAGCAUAAAAAUUUGUUUUUUGCUGUUGCCGACUAUGAUGAAGAUUCUAAAAUUUUCACCGACCUUAACCAAAACACCGUGCCCGUAUUUAUUCAUUUUCCACCUACUGGUUCACCAAGGGAAGCGGAUAUGUUUGAUGUUUCCCGAAAUGGUUUCAAUGCUGAAGCUCUUGCAAAGUGGAUAUUUAUGAAGACAGACGUCAAUGUAAUUCCACAGCUGUCCAGGGUCAUUCUUUUAGAUACAAAUUGA